AUGAUUAUUGAGACUGUAUUAUGCCAGCGAUGCAAGAAAAUUGACGCGGUGUUAUGCUCGAGAAAAGAGUACUUUUGCCCGGUUUGUUUUGAGAAAUUUGUUUCGUUGAAGCAGCGGAAGCAGAUGAUGUCUGAUAACUACUUUCAGGACAUUUUUAAAGUGAUAUACGGAGACAAAUUGAGGUCUGUUGAAGAGGCCAGUACUAUGAAUCGUGAAUCGAGGGUUCUGGUUCCCUUGUCUUUCGGUUCCUCGUCGCUUUUAACAUUAGAUAUUUUGCAUGGCAUCCUGAAAGAGCAGUUCACCGUUCAUCGCGGAACUGUUGGGUUUACGCUGGAUGCAGUGACGUGCUGUAGAUAUCAAGAGAUGGGUGAGGUGCGGAGAAGGCUUCAUAAACUCAGAGACAGGUAUAGCGACUCUGGCGUUGAAAUCAAAUUUCAUUUGAUCGAUCUUGACAAGGCUUUUGAGACUUGCAACGACCAUAUUCGCAUAGUUUUGAAUGACAGCACUUUUUCAAGCAGAUACGUGGCUCUAGAACGUUUGCAAAAGGUUUCCAUGUCAGAUGUUCUUAAAGAAUGUGGUGGGAAAUCGGCACAGGAAGAUCUAGUGACGGCUUUUACGGAUCGAAUUGUGAAGGAUUUUGCGCAGCGCGGCAAUUACAAGGCUAUUCUUUGGGGACAUUCGAUGACCAGACUAGCGGACGAGGUAAUAUCUUUAGUGGUCAAGGGCAGAGGAGCUCAAAUUGCGGACACACUCAACACUUCGGAUUUUGACGAGAGUUUCGGGGGGGAAUUCAAACCUCUCUAUCCCUUGCGAGACGUUUUGCUAUCAGAAGUAGAUGCUUUGUGCCAUUUGAAGGGUCUUGCUCCGCUGUUGUAUAAAUAUGCUCCAAAUUACUCACUGCUUCUAGUCAGGCCCUCGGAAGCUGAUAAGAUCACACCAAAACCCAAAUACCUACCCAAGAACAUGACCAUAAAUGGCCUUGCUAGAAAAUAUUUCGAUGACAUUGAGGAUAAUUAUUCCAAUGUUAUUUCUACGGUGGUGAGAACUGGCGCAAAGCUAGCUCCUCCGACGUGUGAGGUUGACAACGCACCCAACUGUACACUCUGUCGAAGCAUGAUUUACAAAGAUGCACCUGGAUGGUUACAGAGCAUCACAGAAAAUUUAGGGCAUCCCAUUGAAGAUGACGCGGAUUUCCAACUAUAUGAAGCAUGGUCCAAGUCUCAACUGGGAGAAGUCCACGCCGAUUAUAUCGAAUUGACAGGAGAUUUUCAGCGCCGAGGAGAUGAUGCAUUACUCUGUUACGGCUGCAUCACUACGGUCCUAAGUUCUUCUACUAAGAGCUUGGUCUGGAUUAAUAGCGACAAGCAAGAUGCACUUGAUGACAUCAGUAGAUACAUCCUGACAGAUGAAGAAGAUUGA